AUGGGUCAAUAUGAGAAAUGCAUCCGUUAUUUUCAGAACUUAGUUCGAGAUCCUGAUGAGAAUAUAAAUAUAGCUCGAAUACAUUUUCACUUGGGCGACGCAUAUGACAAUAAUGAUGAAUACGAUGCUGCUCUCGAACAGUUUGAAAUCGCUCAUGAUAUGUUGCGAAACCGAACUGAUCAAGCUGGACUAAAACAGUUGGCAUAUGUUUGGCAAUACAUAGGCAUUGUACUGAAUCAAAAGGAAGAAUUUUCGAAAGCGCUCGAAUAUUGCAAAAAAGCACUGAACAUUUUUGAGCAAUAUUAUGGUUUAUCAUCAAAUCAUCGCGAUAUAGCUAGUUGUCUAUUUAGUAUAGGUCAAAGCAACUUUGGCCUAUCGGAAUUUGGCUUAUAUGAAGGCAAUGCUAAUCCUUAUCUCUUAGCUCAGAGCUUCUACUAUCAGAAGCGUGCACUGGAUAUGCAACAAGCAUGUUUACCUGUUGAUCAUGUUGAAAUUGCUCUAACUUUAGCUGAAAUUAGUAAAAUUAGUUACUUCAUGAAAGAUAUUAAAGGAGCGAUAAAAUAUGGUCAACAAUCACUUACGAUACUACGCCAAUAUCUACCAAUGAAUCCUUUAGAGAUAGCUACACUUUCACGUUAUAUGGCAACAUAUCAUUAUGAAAGAGGUGAUCUGAAUCUGGCUCUCGGCUAUUUUUGUCAAUGUCUUAUCAUACAGAGAAAACGUCUACCUUCAGAACAUAUAGAAACUGCUCGCACAGAACGAAAUAUAGCAAGAGUACUUGGUGACUUGGGUCAGACUGAACAAGCAUUACAACAUUUGCGUGAAGGUCUACCUUUUCCUUUGGAUGACUUUAGUGGAGAACGACUUAAAUUAUUGUAUUAUAUAUAUAGCAAGAAAAAAAAAGAUAAAUAA